AUGACGCCGAACACAAGAACAGUGGUGAAUGCUGCAUCAGGAGGGUCCUUGAAGACAAAAACUUCAGAGGAAGCCUUGGAAUUACUAGAGUCUCUAGCCUCUCAGGAGUAUGAUAAUGCUCCCGCACCACAGAGAAGAGCGGGGAUUAUGAAGCUUGAUGGCUAUGAUGCCAUCUUGGCCCAGAAUGAUCAGAUUCUACAGUCUAAUAAGAAACAACAACAACAACUAGAUGCUCUCACAAAGCAAUUUUCUGAUUUUCAAGUUUCUUCUAAUACUUCAGUAGCUUUUGUUAAUACUUCUUCUAUUGUUUGUGAUAUUUGCGCAGGUGCUCAUACUACUGAUGACUGCAAGGCACCCGAAACUGCAGAUGUUAAUGGAAUUUGGCAUGAUCAGAAAGUUCCAUAUAAUCCAGGGAGGAACCAAUACGGCAAUAAUCAAAAUCAAGGGUGGAGAAAUAAAAAUCAAAAUCAACACCCGAGAUUUAGUUACAGUUCGAACCAUCAGCUGAAUCCUCCUAUGCCAGUGCAACAACAACCUCCACAACAAUCAGAAUGGGAAAAGGCCUUUGCACAACUAUCCAAGACCACAUCAGACUACAUUCAAAGUUCCAAUAAUUUCAGAGAGGACACUCAGCCUUUAUGCAAGAGACAAGGGCCUCAUUCCGGAAUCAAGAAGCUUCUAUCCGGAAUCUUGAAACUCAGAUUGGCCAGCUAUCAAAGCAGUUCACUGAAAGAGUUCAAGGAACUUUUCCAGGAAAAAGAAAAGGAAGUUGCCAAAGAAUUUGCUGCAGAGAAAACUGUUCCUGAAAAGAAAGAGUUCAAAUGGGAGAAAAAGAAAGCUCAAGAAAGGCAAGAAAAUCCAUUGGAGCUCUCACCUUAUGCAAAGAUUCCAUAUCCGCAGAGGUUCAGAGAGGAAAUCAAAAAGCAGCAGUAUUCCAAGUUCCUUGACAUUUUCAAGAAGCUGCAAAUCAAUAUCCCGUUUACUGAAGCCUUGGAGAACAUGCCCAAUUACGCAAAGUUCAUGAAAGAUCUUCUAUCACGAAAGCGUAAGCUACAAGAAUGUGAGACGGUGACGCUGACAGCGGAAUGCAGUGCCAUUAUCCAGAAAAAGUUGCCUCCAAAGCUUAAAGAUCCAGGAAGAUUCAGCAUUCCAUGCAACAUACGCAAUAUGGAAGUGAAAAAUGUUCUAUGUGAUCUCGGUGCCAGCAUCAACGUGAUGCCACUAUUUAUGAUGAAGAAACUGGGGAUCACUGAAGUAAGGCCAACCAAGACAAUAGUUCAACUGGCUGACCGCUCUACAAAGCAAGCUUAUGGCAUUAUUGAGGACAUACUGAUAAAGGUUGACAAAUUCAUCAUUCCUGUUGAUUUUGUCAUCCUUGAUAUAGAGGAAAAUUCUACUAUUCCUAUGAUCUUCGGAAGACCUUUCUUGGCAACCUCAGGAGCGAUGAUUGAUGUACCGAAAGACGAGUUGAUCUUACGGGUAGACGGGGAGCAAGCAAUUUUCAAGUUCUUUGAUAAAGAAGUCCCUUCACCUAUAAUUCAACCGCAAGAUCAAGUCUACUAUAUUAGUGUAAGUGGGAUUAAAGCAUACACAGACACUACUCAGGAUGCUGAUAGAAAUGAUAGUGCACCCACUACUGAAAUUGAUGAGGAUUGA